AUGACGGGUGCAAGUGACGCCGUCAUGUGCCGGGGCUUUUUUGCAACACUCGACGGCCAAGCGCAAGACUGGUUCACUACUUUACCCGAGAAAUCCAUCUCAACCUUUGCGGAUCUCUCAGGGAAAUUCUUGUCGUACUACGCCAACAACAUUCUGAAGAAGAAGCAGUUUGCCAGUAUGUGUAAGUUCGAACAGGGGAGCACGAAGACGCUAACCGACUACCUCACCAGAUGGAAGAAGGAGGCAAGGUCGGUCGAAAAUUUCGAUGAGAAAGCGGCCAUACCGAUCUUCACCGGCAACGUCAGAUCGGGACCUUUCCACCGCGACCUUGUCCAAAAUCGUCCAAAGACGUAUGUUGCGUUACUAGACCGGGCAGCGAGGUUCGCCGAGGCGGAGGAAGCCGAGAAGAAGAAGAAGGAGGAGGAGCGAGGUCGGCGAGACAAGAGGGGCUACCUCGGCCAAUACGUCAAGAGGUCGGGGCAGGGCCGACCUCAAGGCCCGGGCAACGUGUGGAAGAAGAAGGGUGGUUCCGAGCCACCCGCUUCCGGGUCGCGCAAGAGGGAGCUCGACCAGCUCACCGAGGAGGAGGAGAGGGAAUCGGGCGAGCCCCACCCCCCAAAAAAACAGGUCAUCCAUGUCAUCUUUGGUGGUCCUGAAGGAGGAGACACGCAAUCAGAAAGGAAGAAAUGGGCUCGGAACCUCUACGUAGGGGAGGUCGUCCGUCAACCGCACGAGAAGAAGCAGAGGAGGGAGCCUAUCAUCUUCACGGAUGACGACCUUCCAGACGGACCUUUACCACACCGUGAUGCCUUGGUGAUCACCUUGGACAUCAACAACACUAUCGUCCACCGGGUAUUGGUGGACACAAGGAGCUCCGUGAACGACAUGUAUUAUGAAGAAUUCACUAAGCUCGGCCUGACAAGGAAGCAGUUGGCACCGGUAAGAACCCCGCUGUCCGGGUUCACGGGAGACUCGAUCGAGACGGAGGGCUCCAUUAACCUCGAGGUUGAGAUAGGCACCGCGCCGCAUGUCAAGAGGUGGGAGGUCGAGUUUGUGGUCGUCAAGAUCGAAUGCGCUCACAACAUCAUUCUCGACCGGCCCGCCUUGGAAGACCUCCGAAGCAUCAUAUCCAUGGAGCAUCUAUGUCUGAAGUUCCCCACCCCCACCGGGGUCGGUGUAGCAAGAGGAGAUUAG